ACAAUGCUAAUCUCUUUUUCACCAUUUAAAGUUGGAAAUUAAAAAGAAAAAAUAUAUUAUUAUCCUCUUUCGUUUGCGCCAUUUUCUCAAAUCUCCCAAGCGCAAAACACAAAAAAUUAAAAAAAAAAAUCGGACUUGUCUUUCGUCGCGGAAAACGAAGAAGAUCGAGUGAAAUUCUGUGUUUCUCCAAAAAUGCAUUUCUCCAAACUUGAAGAUACGCCGAUGUUUCGGCAAGAGAUACAAUGCUCAGAAGAGAAUGCCGAGUCAAUGCGAGGAAGAUGUUUAAAGUUUUACAAAGGAUGUCGAAAAUACACAGAAGGGCUGGGAGAGGGAUAUGACAGUGACAUUGCUUUUGUAAAUGCCCUUGAAACUUUUGGAGGGGGGCAUAAUGAUCCUAUUUGUGUUGCUUUUGGAGGCCCGGUCAUGACAAAAUUCACCAUUGCUUUGAGAGAAAUUGGUACAUACAAGGAAGUUCUUCGUUCACAGAUAGAGCACAUGCUAAAUGAUAGGUUGCUUCAGUUUGUCAAUAUUGAUCUGCAAGAUGUCAAGGAUGCCCGAAAACGUUUUGACAAGGCUUCGCUUAUAUAUGAUCAGACACGAGAGAAGUUUCUUUCUUUAAGGAAAAGCACUAGAAUGGAUGUAGCUGCAGCCUUGGAGGAGGAAUUGCAUACUGUGAGAACCUCAUUUGAGCAAGCCCGUUUCAAUCUGGUUAGUGCUCUAUCCAAGUUUGAAGCCAAAAAGAGGUUUGAAUUUUUGGAGGCUGUUAGUGGGAUGAUGGAUGCUCAGCUUCGAUUCUUCAAACAGGGAUAUGAACUCUUACAUCAGAUGGAACCUUUUAUUAACCAGGUCUUGGCCUAUGCACAACAGUCUAGGGAAUGUUCCAACUAUGAGCAGGCAUCUCUAAGUGAAAGAAUGCAGGAACAUAUCAGGCAGAUCGAUCGAGACAGUAAGCUGUCCUUAACUGGCUAUUUGGAUCCUCCUUCAGCAGAUGCUAUGAGACCUUUUGCAAGGGGUUCCCAAAAAGUUAUUGAGGUAGUUAUGCAAUCUGCUGCAAAGGGAAAGGUUCAAACCAUACGACAAGGUUAUCUUUCAAAACGUUCCUCAAACUUGAGGGGAGACUGGAAGAGAAGGUUUUUUGUUCUUGACAGUCGAGGGAUGCUGUACUACUAUCGUAAAACAUUUGCCUGGUCUUCUGCAGCUGGAAGUCAGUCUGCUAUACAAAGGAGUGGUUGCUCUGAAAGUGGUCCUGGGCUGCUGAGUCGAUGGCUUUCUUCUCAUUACCAUGGUGGCGUACAUGAUGAAAAACCCAUUGCACGUCACACUGUAAACUUGUUGACAUCAACAAUUAAAGUUGACGCAGAUCAGUCAGAUUUAAGGUUCUGUUUCAGAAUUAUCUCACCAACAAAAAUCUAUACAUUGCAGGCAGAGAAUGCACUAGACCAAAAGGAUUGGAUUGAAAAAAUAACUGGAGUAAUUGCUUUGUUAUUGAGUUCCCAAACACCUGAGAAGUGUCUCUCUGCUUACCCCUUUGGAAGUGGUGAUAAUUGCUCUGUUAGUGAUGGUAGUUCACUAGCAGAUUCCGCUGAUGCUUAUCAGACAGCAAUGGGGGAACAGACAUCAAAGAAUCUCUCCUCUGGAAGCCAUUUAGAUAUAUCUAGAAGUUUGCGGCACCAAGAAUAUCGCGCGCAGAGUGAAAAGCCAAUUGAUAUCUUAAGAAGAGUAGCUGGGAAUGAUAAAUGUGCUGACUGUGGUGCACCUGAGCCAGACUGGGCAUCUUUAAACCUUGGUGUACUUAUAUGCAUUGAAUGUUCCGGAAUUCAUCGCAAUCUUGGUGUACAUAUAUCAAAGGUAAGAUCACUGACACUUGAUGUUAAAGUGUGGGAACCAUCUGUCUUGGCUUUAUUUCAAUCACUGGGCAAUAUCUAUGCAAACUCAAUCUGGGAGGAGUUGUUGCACUCAGGACAUACAAGAACUGCCAUGCCCGUGGGUUCUUUGAUGUCUGAUGGAUAUAAGCAGCUUCUCACAAUGAAACCUAGUCAUAAUGACCCAAUUUCAGUGAAGGAGUUGUUCAUUCAUGCAAAGUAUGCAGAGAAAGCUUUUGUUCCUAAGAUAAAGGACAAUCAGCAUCUCCUUUCAAUGGCAGAAGACGUGUGGGAAAGUGUUCGUGCUAAUGACCAUAAAGCUGUAUACCGUCACAUUGUUUGCUCCGGAGUAGAUGUCAAUGCUAUCCAUGGGCAAGCAUCAUAUUGUACAUCCUCACCUCUGUUCAGAUUAGUGUAAUGGAAGACUAAGAAAAUUUCUCAUCACAACUUUGAUUGCUUUGCAGGUGACUCUCUGGACCAGUCCUCAAGAUAUUUGAACUCAUUAAAUAAAAGUGAAAAUCAGAUCGAAGAGGAGUGUUCUGACCGCUGUUCUUUACUUCAUCUUGCCUGCCUAACCACUGACAUUGGCAUGGUGGAGCUGCUCCUUCAGUAUGGUGCAAACACAAAUGCUACUGAUUCAAGAGGUCGGGCGCCACUUCAUCUUUCAUUGGUUGGCAGGAAAUCUGCAAUAGCAAAAUUGCUGCUUACAAGGGGAGCAGAUCCACAUGCUGUAGAUGGAGAAGGUAACACUGCUCUUCAGCUUGCAUCAGCAUCAGGCAUCGAUGAUAAUGAGGUUUUGGCACUCUUAACAGACAGCAACAGAUAGUAUAGUGGAUCCGAACCCAAAAGAGCCUGCAAUGACCCCCAAAUGGAAGAAAUAGACGACCAGUCGCCUAUUACUUGAAAAGGUUAGUGCUGAACUUAGUAAACAAGUGAAAAGUUUGGCUUGCCAAUGUGAAACUGCAUUAUAAUUCAUAGCUUUCUUCAAGUGUAUGUAAUUCCUCCUACCCCCAUCUUAGUACUUUCUUUAGGUGCUGUCAAUUGUACUAAGGUAGCUUAUCUUUUUUAUGCUUUGCUGUUUAUUUCUUCUUUAUCUUAAUAUAUAUGCAAAUUUUAUUUGAUGAUUGGGUUAGCUUAGCUAAAUCAAAAGAGUGAUCUGUUGAUAAAAUAUUAAACUUUUAGAUCCAUUGUGCUUACACGAAUGGAUAGAAAUCGAAAGGUAACUCAAUUCCUCUGCAUACCCCAUUGAAAACCUUCCAAAUCAUUUCCAACUUAUAUAACUUAACCAAAUCACCUAGAAAAUUAUUACAACUAAACCAGGCAAAAAACCACCUUCUUUAGCACCCAGAAAAACAUAAACAGCAUCAUCCCAAAAACCUAUUUUCUUAUAACAAUCAAUCAAAAUCUCCCAAACUCUAUAUCAUUCCCUUUAUACUCCUGUUACACCUAAUAAUUGAACCCAAAACGGCCUGAAAAGGCCUCCGCGUCCUAACCAUCUUGUCUGAAACAACAUUAGCAUCACGAAAAAGCUUUGAAUUGCAUAAAAUAAUCACUAGAAACGAAAAAAAAUCCAAAUUUGGCGAGUUUGGGUCAUAGAUCUUAGCUAGUUACUUAAAAGUAGUCCAUUGUUUUGUUGCAAUUGAAUAUUUGAUUCAAUGACGGGUAUACAAUUCUUAUACAUAAUCGUUUGUUCAAGUAAUUCAUUAUUUUUAUUUCAUCUGAACAUUUGACUAAAUAAUUGGUAUGAUUCUAGUAUAACCUCUCGCUCAAAGAACAAUA